AUGUCCAAAAACAAGAGCAGUGAGUGUGUGAAGGUGGUGGUGCGAUGCCGGCCCUUGAACCGUAGAGAGGAGAGCCACGGGCCUGCAGGUGGAAUCGUCCAAAUGGAUUUGAAGUUGGGGCAGGUCAUCCUCAGAAACCCGCGAGCGCCCCCUAGCGAACCCCUAAAGACAUUCACGUUUGAUGCUGUUUACGACGCCAACUCCAAACAGCGAGACCUGUACGAUGAGAGUGUAAGGCCUUUGAUAGAUUCUGUCCUGGACGGGUUUAACGGUACUAUCUUCGCCUAUGGACAAACUGGGACUGGGAAGACUUAUACCAUGCAGGGGGCUUGGUUGGACCCUGAAAAACGAGGUGUCAUCCCAAAUGCUUUCGACCACAUCUUCACUCACAUCUCACGCUCUCAGUCAGACAGGCAGUAUCUCGUCCGGGCGUCCUACCUGGAGAUCUACCUGGAGGAGAUCCGGGACCUUCUCGACCCAAACCACGCAAGCACACGACUGGACCUGAGGGAAAGCCCUGAGACCGGGGUCUAUGUCCAAGAUCUUACGUCUUGUGUUUGCAAAAGUAUCAAAGAAAUCGAAGAAGCUAUGAACAUGGGGAACCAGGCCCGGGCCGUGGGGGCGACGGACAUGAAUGAGCACUCUUCCAGAUCCCACGCUUUGUUUUUAAUCACGGUGGAGUGCAGCCAGCCAGGUCCAGAUGGGAGGAAGCACAUUCGAGUGGGACGUUUAAAUCUGGUGGACCUGGCUGGAAGCGAACGCCAAGCCAAGACCGGAGUGCAAGGCGAGCGUCUGAAGGAAGCAGCUAAAAUCAACUUAUCGUUAUCCGCUCUCGGGAAUGUAAUCUCAGCCUUGGCCGACGGUCGAAGUGGACAUGUACCAUACAGGGAUUCCAAACUAACAAGACUUCUACAGGACUCUUUAGGUGGGAAUGCCAAAACCGUCAUGGUCGCCACUCUAGGCCCAGCUCCGCAACACUACGACGAAACCCUGACAACUUUAAGGUACGCAAAUCGGGCCAAGAACAUCCACAACCAACCUCGAGUCAACGAAGACCCCAAAGACGCCCUUCUGAGGGAGUUCCAGCAGGAGAUCGCCAGACUACGGGAGCAGCUCAACCACAGGAAGUGGAGGAACCAGCAGAAGAAAGACGGAGACGACUGGGAGAGGCCUGGGGAGGAGGACGAAGAGGAGAACUAUGAGGAGAAAGAGGGAGAGGAUUAUGUGACGAUGGAGGAGCAGAGGCUGGAGCUGGAGAAGGAGGCCAUCAGAGGAGAUCGAUUUCUACUGGCGGAGGAGAAGCAAAGGCUGCUGGGAGAGAAGGAGAAGAUGAUGGGAGACCUGAGGAAGGAGCAGGAGGCCACGGAGCAGCUCACAGCCAAAUACAAGGUGAGAUCUGAGCCCGCUCUACACCACCCCCUGCACCACCCCUGCACCACCCCUGCACCACCCCCUGCACCACCCCCUGCACCACCCCUGCACCACCGCCUGCACCACCCCCUGCACCACCCCCUGCACCACCCCCUGCACCAUCACCUGCACCAUCACCUGCACCACCCCCUGCACCACUCUCGAGCUGCUUGUCCAAUCAGAAGAGAACCUGACGAGAAACGAGAACCUGACCGAGAACCUGAUAGAGAACCUGACCGAGAACCUGACCGAGAACCUGACAGAGAACCUGACCGAGAACCUGACAGAGAACCUGACAGAGAACCUGACCGAGAACCUGACCGAGAACCUGACAGAGAACCUGACCGAGAACCUGACAGAGAACCUGACCGAGAACCUGAUAGAGAACCUGACCGAGAACCGACCGAGAACCUGACAGAGAACCUGACCGAGAACCUGACAGAGAACCUGACCGAGAACCUGACAGAGAACCUGACCGAGAACCUGAUAGAGAACCUGACCGAGAACCUGACCGAGAACCUGACAGAGAACCUGACCGAGAACCUGACAGAGAACCUGACAGAGAACCUGACCGAGAACCUGACCGAGAACCUGACAGAGAACCUGACCGAGAACCUGACAGAGAACCUGACCGAGAACCUGAUAGAGAACCUGACCGAGAACCUGACCGAGAACCUGACAGAGAACCUGACCGAGAACCUGACAGAGAACCUGACAGAGAACCUGACAGAGAACCUGACAGAGAACCUGACCGAGAACCUGACAGAGAACCUGACCGAGAACCUGAUAGAGAACCUGACAGAGAACCCAGGACGAUACAUACUGAACAUGUGA